AUGCAUGCCGUCGUUCAUCUCAGUAAAACUAUCAUUUUGCCCUUUUCAUACCCAUUGAGUGAGGAAGACCUUCAGACAGAGGCCAACAUGGUAUUCACAUUGGGAGAACGAGCAAGUCGGCAGACUUAUAUUCUCAAGGUAGACGCGACUGACAAUAAGCUGGAGAUAACAUCCUCACAUAGCCCAUCGCUAAAAUCCCGAUCCACGAAUUCGGUUCGGCCUCUUCUGGCACUUCAAUACAACGAGCUGAUGGCGAUGUACGGCCGAGAUCGGUACACAAAUGACUGCAUCUUGGUUGCCUCGUUAGAAGGAAAUGUAAUUUACGAGUUUUUGACUUUUCAGUCAAAAAAACAAAUGGAAAAACUGAUCAGCAUAUUGGUUAAAGUGAAGGAAUUUCAACAGGCGACCAGUAUCGCAGAUUCGCCCGGGAAUAUGAGACCAAAACCUGAUCAGUUUUUCGGAAGGUCAAAGAAACAGACAGCCAGCACCAAGUUAUUCCCAAUUUUACGGAACACCUACAUGCCACGAAUUUCCCAGAUGAGUCGCUGCAGGAUCGCCAACACCAGGCGAUUGGUAUAUGCAGCCUCAACCCAUUCUGCCCUCGAAACUGAUAUUGAUGGCUUGUCACAAUCUUGGCAGAAUGACGACAAACAAGCGCUUUGGAUUGACGGGGAAGGUGAAGAAAGCUUUCAUCAAGUCAACGAUUGGCUGUUCAUUCACUGUGUUUGUCUCCUCCUCAUUCGGGAGUUUUUCCCGGGGCAGUUGUCUCCCGGCUCUAGCGUCGAGAGUGAAAUGACCACCAAUCUCACUUCCAAUACAGUAUCUUCGCUUUCCUUAGAAACAGUGUACCAAACGUUGUCGAAAAUAAUGGAAGAAGAUUGCUUCAGCCGCCCUAACUCCGAGAAGUCGCGCCCGGCCGCUUCGGAUGGCUGA